CCAAUGUCAAUUAGGUUUGACGACCGGAAGUUACCGCACGAAAUAUAAAAAUUUGCCUUUCCUUUCUCUCUUUCUUGCUAAAACGUGGAGAACAACUUAUUGUUGUCAGAAAUAAUUAAAAAUGCCGCGUGAAAUUAAAGAAGUAAAAGAUUUCCUGAACAAAGCUCGCCGCCAAGAUGCCCGUGCUGUAAAAAUCAAAAAGAACCCCAAUAACACAAAAUUCAAGAUUCGUUGCUCGCGCUUUUUGUACACAUUGGUGGUCCAUGAUAAGGAGAAGGCAGAAAAAAUUAAACAAUCUCUACCGCCCGGUUUGCAAGUUAAAGAAGUUAAGUGAGGAGUGGAAGUAAAUUACUCUUUCAUUCAAGCAAAAUAUGUUAAAGUGAAAUGGGUCGACGUUUUUUUUGAGGAGAAUCGGCAAUGAAAUAAAAAAGGAAAUACAAAGUGA